AUGAUACCGGAACUGGGGAGAAGACCGAUGCAUAGAGGUAACCAAGAUUCAUCUUUUGGGGAUGAUUAUGAGCAAGAGAUUGGUGUAUUGCUCGGUGAGCAGCAGCGACGCCAAGAAGAAGCUGAUGAGCUUGAGCGAGACCUUAACUUGUAUAGAAGUGGCUCUGCUCCACCGACUGUAGAUGGUUCUGUUAGUGCUGCUGGAGGGCUUUUUAGCGGCGGCGGCGGAGGUGGGACUCCUUUUUUGGAGUUUGGUGGGGGGAAUAAGGGUAAUGGGUUUGGUUGUGAUGAUGAGGAGCUUAGGAAAGAUCCGGCUUACUUGUCUUAUUACUAUGCUAAUAUGAAGUUGAAUCCGAGGUUGCCACCGCCUUUGAUGUCUAGGGAGGAUUUGAGGGUUGCUCAGAGGCUUAAAGGGAGUAGCAACGUGAUAGGUGGUGUUGGGGAUAGGAGAAAAGUUAAUGAUAGUAAAUCUUUGUUCUCUAAGCCACCUGGUUUUGAUCAGAUGAAGCAGCGUGACUUCGAGCCUGAGAAAACUAGUGCUUCUUCUUCUGAGUGGGAUGCUAACGGAUUGAUUGGUUUGCCGGGUUUGGGGCUUGGAGGCAAGCAGAAGAGCUUUGCUGAUAUGUUUCAGGCUGAUAUGGGGCAUGGAAAUCCUCCCGCAAAGCAGCCGUCCCGUCCUGCAAGUCGUAAUGCCUUUGAUGAAAAUGCCGACUCUAAGAAUAAUCUGUCUCCAUCUGCAUCACAAGGAGGCAUUGGUGCACCAUCUCCAUACAGCUAUGCAGCUGUACUGGGCUCUUCUUUAUCCAGAAAUGGAACUCCAGAUCCACAGGCCAUUGCUAGGGUGCCUAGUCCCUGCCUUACUCCCAUUGGGAGUGGGAGAGUGAGUUCAAAUGAUAAGAGGAACACAAGUAACCAUAGCCCGUUCAACGGUGUCACAACUGGUCUCAACGAGUCUUCUGAUCUUGUCAAUGCUUUAUCUGGCAUGAACCUGUCAGGCGGUGGCGGGUUAGAUGAACGGGAUCAGGCUGAGCAAGAUGUCGAAAAGGUCAGGAACUAUAUGUUUGGACUGCAAGGUGGGCACAAUGAUGUCAAUCAACACGUUUUUCCAAACAAAUCUGACCAAGCCCAUAACGGUACUGGUUCUUGGAAGAAUCCACAAUUGCGAGGGUCACAGGGAUCUGCCUAUAAUGAUGGAGGUGGACUGGGUGGACUUGCUACUCCUUACCAGCAUCUUGAUAGCGCGAACUAUUAUUUGAACAAUUAUGCACUAAAUCCAGCUGUAGCUUCUAUGAUGGCUAGCCAACUUGGAACUAAUAACUAUUCUCCAAUGUAUGAAAAUGUUUCUGCAGCAUCUGCUAUGGGAUUUUCUGGAAUGGAUUCCAGACUUCAUGGCGGAGGUUAUGUAUCUUCUGGCCAAAACCUCUCUGAAUCACGUAAUUUUGGCAGGUUCAGUAAUCGAAUGAUGGGAGGAGGUGCUGGUCUGCAGUCACAUAUGGCAGACCCAAUGUAUCAUCAGUAUGCUGAUUCACUUGAUCAUCUGAAUGAUCCGUCAAUGGACAGGAUCUUUAUGGGUAAUUCAUACAUGGGUAUGCUUGAACUCCAGAGGGCUUAUCUUGGAGCUCAGAAUUCACAGUAUGGUGUCCCUUACAAAUCCGGUAGCCCUAACAGCCAUAGCGAUUAUGGGAGUCCAACAUUUACGUCUAAUAUGUCUUAUCCUGGCAGCCCAUUGGCUCAUCAUCUUCUGCCAAAUUCUCUUGUAUCACCUUGUAGCCCAAUGAGACGAGGUGAAGUUAAUAUGCGAUAUCCAUCUGCAACAAGAAACUAUUCGGGUGGGGUAAUAGGUUCUUGGCACAUGGAUGCUUGUUUGGAUGAAGGUUUUGGAUCUUCAAUGCUUGAAGAGUUCAAAAGUAACAAAACAAGAGGAUUCGAACUUUCUGAAAUAGCUAGCCAUGUCGUAGAGUUCAGUUCGGAUCAAUAUGGAAGCCGGUUUAUUCAGCAGAAACUUGAGACAGCAACAACUGAUGAGAAAACCAUGGUUUAUGAGGAGAUCAUGCCUCAAGCUCUUGCCCUGAUGACUGACGUUUUUGGCAACUAUGUGAUUCAGAAGUUCUUUGAGCAUGGACUCCCGCCUCAGAGGAGAGAAUUGGCAGAUAAACUCUUUGACAAUGUUUUGCCUCUUAGCUUACAGAUGUAUGGUUGUCGUGUUAUCCAGAAGGCAAUUGAGGUGGUUGAUCUGGACCAGAAAAUUAAAAUGGUGAAAGAACUUGAUGGACAUGUGAUGCGAUGCGUACGCGAUCAGAAUGGGAACCAUGUGGUUCAAAAGUGCAUUGAAUGUGUGCCUGAAGAAAACAUUGAAUUUAUUAUUUCCACUUUCUUUGGCAAUGUUGUGACCCUCUCCACUCACCCAUACGGGUGUCGUGUUAUUCAGAGGGUAUUGGAACACUGCCAUGAGCCUGAUACACAGAGUAAGGUUAUGGACGAAAUCAUGGCCACUGUUAGUAUGCUGGCCCAAGAUCAGUAUGGAAACUAUGUUAUUCAGCAUGUAUUGGAGCAUGGAAAGCCUGAUGAGCGCACUGCAAUAAUCAAGGAAUUAGCGGGGAAGAUUGUUCAGAUGAGCCAGCAGAAGUUUGCGUCGAAUGUUGUUGAGAAAUGUUUGACUUUUGGAGGUCCAGAAGAACGGGAAUUGCUGGUGAAUGAAAUGCUGGGCACAACUGACGAAAACGAGCCUCUUCAGGCGAUGAUGAAGGAUCAGUUUGCCAACUAUGUAGUGCAGAAAGUUUUAGAGACAUGUGAUGACCAACAGCGUGAGCUGAUACUUACUCGUAUUAAAGUGCAUCUUAAUGCUUUAAAGAAAUACACUUAUGGAAAGCAUAUCGUUGCUCGUGUUGAAAAACUCGUUGCUGCUGGAGAGAGGAGAAUGGCUCUGCAGUCCCUAACCCAGCCUCAGUUGGCGUAAGGCCACACGUGUUGUACAGCUUAACUAGGGUGGAUGGCUCUCCCAUAGCGUUUUGAGAAUUAGGGUAAGAUCUAAACCGGAAAUAAUCUGCGGGGAAAAUUGUGAAGGAGAGCUUUGUUUUCUCUGCAAAAUCUGUAAAAUUGUGUAGUUGCUUACGGUUUUCGAUACAUAGAACCAAACAUCCCACUUUAGGCUGAUGAGUGAGAGAGACUAAAUGCAGAGAAAUGGUGUAAAGAUGGGUUGAUAAAUGUUGAGGAUAUUAGGGUUUCCUUCACACAAGAGAAUGGCUGUUUCAUUGCCAUAUGUGUAGAAGUGAGAAUGUGUUCAUGCUUUUAGGACAAUCCCAGUUUUUAGUGUUUCUUUUUUUCGUUCUCCAUCUAUGUAAUUUUUGUUUCAUCAAACUCUUGUUUCCUAUUUCGAUGAACUCUUUCGUUUCUGUAA